AUUAAGAAUGAAUUGUUUUUUAUUGCGCCAGUCGUCGAGGCAUAAGUCAAAAGUGCAGGUAAUACACAGGUACCGCGAUCCCAAAAAAAUUGGGAUCGAAAGAGGGCAGGUAAACAAAGGCACCAGGAUAUGACAGCUCGAGGUGUAUAAAAACCAUUGUGGGUGGUGGUAGCAACAUCAAUCGAUCUGCAAACGUUGAACAAGCAACAUCGCAACUGCAAUAUCCUGAAAAAUUAGCAAUAAUAUUUCUGAGUGCAACAUAUCGGAGAGCUCCAAGCAAUAAGCAACAAAUCAGCAUCGUUCAACGGUUUUUCAAGAGACAAAUCGCCAUCAAACGAGAAAAUGCCCCGCUACCAGAAACUUAUCAACGAGACCGACAGCAAACCGGCAACAACUAUUGGCCAGCAACAGCAGCAACAUCGCUAUCAGCAACAGCAUCAAAAGUCGCCGAGCGUGGGUUAUCACCUAUAUUUGUACCGCCAGCAGCUUUCCCAGAAAAAUGUGGAGUACAUGCGGUUGUCCAAAGCCAAGUACUUCAUCACCGACACGCUCCUGGCCAAAACGGUGCGGAAUUUGAAAGGCUGCAGCGUCGAGGAACUGAAGACGGUCAACACACAGAUCGUGUUUCGCCACAAACUCCGCCAUCAGAUCCAACGACUGCGCAAGCUGAAAAGUCUGGGGAUCAAGAACGCCAAUCCCAAGAUGGAGAGCACGGAACUGUGAGGAGGAACCAAAGGAUCUGGACUAUCUGAAGAUUUCUAUAGCUAUGAUUACAACAUAGUUUCGAAGAAUUCUCCUCUAACGUCUACUCAACUUGUAAAUCACUUCGUAUUUUGCCAAGAACUUACAAAGCCUAUUUUAUGAUUAGUUUAAGUGGCGGGCACUGCAUAAAUGUAUAUCUGUUAAUUUUAAGCAAAGAAUUUAAAGUUUA